GACAACACCGACAUGCUUUCAUAUGCCAGUGGAUUUUAUGGAUUUUAAAAGGUUUAUUUUUUAACAAAAUUGUAGAUUCACAAAGCGACACUGAUGUCUGCUCUCCACACAGAAGAACUGGAGCAACAGUGGAAGAGUGAGCAGGAGUGCCUUCGUCAGCUGGUGGUGGAGCAGGACACGGAGCAGUGGCAGAAAACUACGGAUUUCUCAGGACUGGAGCGAGUAGGUGGAGUCGACCUGUCUUUCAUCAAAGGGGACGAUGUGAACGCAUGUGCCCAGCUGGUGGUCCUCAGCUACCCACAACUGGAGGUUUUGUACGAGGACAGUCAGAUGGUAGCCCUCACUGCUCCAUACAUUGCUGGGUUUCUGGCCUUUAGAGAAACACCUUUUCUAGUGGAGGCUCUGAAGAGGCUGGAAAAGAACAAGCCAGAACUCAUGCCUCAGGUGGUGUUUGUGGAUGGGAAUGGUAUUUUCCAUUACAGGGAGUUCGGUCUUGCUUGUCAUCUGGGCGUGUUGUCAGGGUUACCUUGUGUGGGAGUGGCCAAAAACCUGCUGCAGGUGGAGGGCGUGUACAAGAACGAGGAGCACCAAUCACAGAUCGCUGCUCUGCAAAAAGGAGGAGACAGCUUCCCCCUCACAGCCUCCUCGGGCAAAGUGCUUGGAAAGGCAUUACGCAGCAGUGAGAAGAGCUCCAAGCCUGUGUAUGUUUCCAUCGGACACAAGAUCAGCCUGGACACAGCAGUGAGGCUCACCCACUGCUGCUGCCGCUACAGGGUGCCAGAGCCCAUCAGACAGGUCACCUCUAAUGGACGGCUCCUCCUGCACUUUAAAGACUCUGAAGACGCACUGUUUCUAAAUGGGACGAAGGCCAAAGUAGCGCACUUUCAAAUGCUUUUAAAAGAAUGUCUUUUUUAGUCAUGGCCCAGAGCAAACCAUCAGUUUAUCUGUGCCUUUUAUCCCUUGCUCCACAUUUGAACAGGAUGUGGGGCAGAUCAGCUCUUUUUAUACUCUGUGCUCAUUACUGUUUUGGGUCAUUCACCUUUUUUACAUUCAGAGCUGUGUAAAUAAAUCAUAAAUGCCCAGGGCUUGCCUUGGACUGAUCUCUUAA